AUGGCCACUAGAUACUUCUGCUCCUGCAGAGAACCGCAUCUCCAUCCUAAGGCUUCCACUAACUGGCAAGGUCUCAUUCCAGACAGUGUACGCGAUGAUUUAACAUUCCACAAACUCGAAGAACUUCAUUACUGCCCAACAUGCCAUCAAUUGAGAUGCCCCCUUUGCACCGAGACCGAAAUUGCAUACAAAUACUGUCCGCAUUGCCUCCGUCAGAUGCCAAAAAAAAGUACAUACUGUGAAAAGAGCUGCUUUCGAUGCCCAGUCGAGAAUUGCGGAGGAUAUAUGAACGUGAGCUCCGAAUCAGUCAGAUCAGAAGAUGACGUGAAGCAGUUUCUUGGCAAGCGGUUUCUUUUCACAUGCCACAUCUGCCACUGGACUUACACCACCAAACUCAUCACGGCCCCUCAGUCGGUCGCGUCGAUCGUCCACUCGAUUUGCGUCGAUGGGCGCGCCGCCUCCAGUCGCUUUGCACAUUUGAAAAAUUACUGCAGGGACAAAAUCCGCUACGAGAAGCAACUUGGUCACUACGGCAAGCACAAACAGCUGGAAUCGCCACAAAAGCCUCGGCCUCCGUCCAUUAUACCCGAUGAGACAAUGUCCGAUUCCUCAAGUUUUCAAAAUUCCUCGUCGCUCGUUCCCCUGACACAGCCUUUGUGUUGCAGGUACAAAACAAGAUGUAAAUCAUGCCGGAAUCCCCUAGAUGUGCCUUCGGACAAGCCGUUUUCGGGAAAAUGUACACAGACGGCAUGUGCCAUCGACUGCAUUCCCAGAAUUGUGCCUUCAAGGCCAUCAAACGUCCAUGCUGAGGGCUUUUGGGUGUACGGAAGAACAGUUACCGUUCUCAUCAACGUGCUAAACAGCUACCGGAACCCAAUAAAUGUGACGAUAUCCACAAUCAGCGAUCUUGACUCGUUCAACACCAACAAGGUGCACUUUCACCUCCCGUGUCGCGAGUUUAAAGUGGAUUGCAUCGAUGAAAAUUCCAAUAUGAAGCAUUUGAGCGAUUACGUGAGGACAAUCCCAACUUCGCUACUUACGAACUUUUCCUACGUGUCAAGAGUCGAACUAACUAACCGGCCUUUGGAAAGUCUCGAGGCACUUACGCCUGAAGAAACGGGUGAUGUGUUUAGGAGCAAAAAUGGCGUCGCUCGACCCGUCGAUAGUGGUGUAAGCUGGUGUACGGUUGCGGCUGAGGUCACCGUUGAAAGAGGUGCAGGAAAUUCAGAGGAUAGUGUAGUAUACAUUCCAUUGUUUAUGGCAGUGGAGUCCGAUGAUGGCCAGAGAAUCAGCUAUUGGGUGAAAUUGGAAUUACCGAAAAGGGGCAGGUAA